GUUAGUUUCGAAUACGUGAUCAGCAGCUGGAGCAUGGGGGCGGAACUUCCUGUUUGAGUUCAUCUCAGAAGCGAGCUGUUGUUGUCAGUUACUACAAAAUGGCUGCAGGAGCACAGUUACGGAUAACUCAGUGACGCUUUCUCAUUGGGAUCUGGUGAGACUUUAGGCUCCAAUAAUUGGACUCUUCAAGACUUUAGUCUCUCGGAUAUCAAUUGUCUGUGUUUCUUUUUUUUACAUUUCUUCUUUUGCACAUUAAAGAAAUGCAUUUGAUUUCUUUAAUGUGCAUUCACUAGAAACUCGCCUUUAAGGAGAAAAAUAAACGUGACUGUUUUAUUUUUCCUCCCUCUCCGUACGAUUUGUUUUAACAAAUAAACAGCUGAUGGGAAUUCGUUUUGUUUUUUGCACCCGUUGUUCUGGCUUGUCCCCAGGGAUUUUGAAUUUGAUCCGCUUCGCCAGCUUUGGAUACAAGUCUUCCAUUGCGAUUUCUUCUCUGCAACAACGUGAGCGAGGAUAGGAGAGAAGCGCUUCAGUGAAUAUAUGCCUGAAAUCCUGAUCUGUCAAAUUACGGGUACUUUUCAGAAAAGGAAACGCUCUUUUUAGUAUUUUUUUCUGGAGAAUCUGAAUAUUAAGCUGCCAAAACUAAGCCGGGGGUAGUUGAGAUUAAGAAACAAAAAGUGAAUACAUACAGCCGUGAACACAAGUUAGAUUUGUAAGGAACCAAGGGUGAGAAGAGAACAGCUGAGUAUGGAGCACUCUGACCCUCGCCCUGCAAAAGCAGAUGAAACAGCAGCAUGAAGAAAGCAUUGACAGCACUCAUCUUUAAAUAACAGAGAAGGAACAGCAAACGCAAGAAGAGAACCAUUUGAUGGAAGAAAAGAAAAAGAAAAAGCAAGAAGAAAAGAAAAAGAAGGAAGCGGCUCACAGAAAGGCUGCAGAACAGAAAACCAAAGUGCCAGUAUCUGCCAAGCUCAGCCCCAGCCCUCCCCACCCUGCCAAUCCCAGCGUGACUCCUCCCAUCCCCACGGUUAGCAGCAGCGGCAAUGGCAAGCGAGCUCCUCCCAGCGCCCAGCAGCAGCAGCAGCAGCCGCCGCCGGCAGCCCCGCGCUUCCCUCCCCGCGAGGUUCCCCCACGCUUCCGCCAGCAGGAGCACAAGCAGCUACUGAAGAGGGGACAGCCACUGCCAGCAGGGACUCUCGCCACCACGGGACAGCCAGGGGCCAGCUCGCCCCCUCAGACCCCCGCCAGCCCCAGCAAGCAGCACACAGAGUUGCCCCACCAGAGUGGCCUGGGUGCCCAGUAUGAGAAUCUCCACUGGGGACACCAGCCCAGCAACCGCAUCUGGGAUCAAGUGAUCAUCGACCAGAGUGACACGGAAGCGUGGCCUUCCAUUUCCUACAGCGAGAGCCACGCCCCCCCAGAAUGCACCACAGAUAUUGACUGUACUACAGAGAUAAGCAGCAGCAGCAACAUGAGCAUAGCCACGGGGGCCGGGCAGCAAAGCCACUUCUCGACCCACCACCCCAGCAGUAAAAACAGCGGCAACCACUCUGGAAACAUGGUUUCCAACCAGGGCGGAGCCAGUCGGGGCUGGGGCGCUGCUCCCACCCACUGCCCCUCUGCCAUUGGCAGCGAGGGGAAGACAGACAGCAUGCCAAUGGGAGGGAGGGGUCAGCCCUGCUGGGGGUCCUCCAACUUUAACUUGAACCUCAACCCUAACGCCAACCCGGCUGCGUGGCCAGUAUUGGGGCACGAAGGGGCUGGAAUGGGGGGUGGUGGACUAGGAGGCAACAACCCCCCUCCUCCCCCAAACCUCUGCAGUCCAGCUAGUGCCCCGCCAGCCCAGGUAGGGGGCGGGAGUAUGGGCAGCACCAAUGGGAACCCUAUAGGGGGCAGUGGCAACAGUCCAUGGGGGAGCAUACUUCCACCAGACCCAACAGAGUCACGACCCUCACCGUCCACAAAUGUGUCUUUUAGCGUCGAACCUCAGAACCUUAGCACUGAUGGACCAAAUUACACUAAACAGCAGCCCCUCAGCCCCAUCCAUGGCCUGCCAAGCUGGGGUUCUGUCCCUGUGGACAUGGUGCCUCUUGUGCAACCACAGGUCAAUGGGGAGGGGGGCUCAGUGUGGGGGAAUGGAGACGCCAAGCCAACAGCUUCCAAGGAUUCAGCUUGGGAUUCUGGGCCUCCCAGUGACCCUGGAAUUCUGACGCCUUGGGGCCGAGGCGGCAGUAAUGCAGGGGCCUGGGGCCGAUCGGCCUGCAGUGGAGGUGGAGACUGGGGCAAGCAUUCCAGCGAGGCCAAAGGGUGGGAGACAUCAGACUCCCCCCCACAGGAGCAGACCGUUUCCUGGUCCAACGCCCCCGCCAGCGAAGGAAGCAACGACAGCCUUGAAGGGAGAUCCUGCAGGAUGGAGAGACCUCAUGGGGAGCUCGAUGCUCCCCCUUCUCUGCCUAGACAAGACCUGGACCCACGGGUGCUGUCCAACACCGGCUGGGGCCAGACCCCUGUCAGGCAGCACACAGCCUGGGAGCUGGAGGAGCUGGCACGGUCUGAUCGCAAGAACGACACGGGGGCCGACUCCUGGAGCACAGGGUCAUCUUCAUCAUCCUCGUCCGGCCCCCCGCCAGCGCCUGCAACCGCCAGUGCGAACCCUGCUGCUGCUCACAUGUCUAACUCAGGUGGGAAGGGUGAAGGGUCCAGUUCCAAUACCUCGGCAUCUCCGGGCUGGGGAAACCCUGCCCCGGUGAUACCCACACCAGCCUCCAGCCAGCCCAGCUCCAGCUGGGGUGAGGCCGUCAGCAAGGAAGCACACAGCGGGCCUGGCGAGUGUGCCGGCAGCUCCAACUCUACUGCCCCCAAAGGUGGGAUGUCCUGGGGUCAGGAGGAGAAGUCUCCCAGCUGGGAUGACCCACCUGCCAAACCCGAACCUCAGAGCUGGGGCGAGGGACCCAAGCCUGGACAUGGCUGGGGUACAGGGGCGAGUGGGGGGGGGGAUUGGGGGGAGCCCAGGGAGGAGAAGAAGAACGGUGUGACUGCAGCCUCUUGGGAAGAGAACCCCCGGAAUGCUGGCUGGGGAAAGCAAGGAGCAGGAGUCAGGGGAGGUUGGAUGGAAGCACAGAGGCCCAAUGCUCCGGUGCAAGGAUGGGGAGGCAAGCCCCAAGACAAUAGUAAUAGCAGCGGCAGCGUAGGGUCCUGGGGGGGAGCAGGCACAGUGAAACAGUGCGGAACGGGCUGGGGGGGAGGGGGUAGGGGUGGGAGCAAGCAAGAGCAAGGGGGUGAACCUACGGGUUGGGAAGAGCCCUCCCCUCCCUCCAUGCGCCGCAAGAUGGAGAUCGACGAUGGUACCUCAGCUUGGGGAGACCCGAGCACCUACAAGAAGACUGUCAACUUGUGGGACAAAAACAACCCUGUUAUUCAGAGCAGCCCUGGCAGCGCUGCUGCCAGCAACAACCACGGCAGCGCUGCUGCCGGCAACAACCACGGCAGCGCUGCUGCCAGCAACAACCACGGCAGCGCUGCUGCCAGCAACAGCACCCACCACCGUCACCACCACAGCCACGCCCAGAGCCAUGCCCAGAGCCAUGCCCAGAACCACAGCCACGCCCAGGGUCACACCCAGAGCCACAACCAGACCAACACCCAGAGCCACAGCCACGCACCCAGCAACACAAAUAACAACCCACCAGAGCAAACCACACCUCAUCAACAAAGUGCCCCCCAGAACAGAUCUGUACUCGCUGGGCCAGGAUGGGGAGACUUGCCCAGCGCUCGGCCGAAACCUGAGCCCUCGUGGGGGGAGCCCAUCUCCACGGCAACAGCGGUGGAUAACGGGACCUCGGCCUGGGGGAAGCCCCCUGGCAGCUGUGGGGGGUGGGGGGACAACCCCUCCGAUCCGUCAGGGCCCUACGGCAGGGUGAACCCCCCCUCAGGACCGGCCCCCUGCAAGCCAGCCUCCAAAUCUAUGCAAGAUGGUUGGGGAGGCAGUCCGGACGAGCUGGGCGGGUGGGAUCGGGAGGAGGGGGAUGUGUGGAACAGCGCUGCUUCCCAGGAGAACAACUUGCCCUGCAGCUCCUGGGGGAACCUGCCCAAGAAGGGACCGCAAAAGGUCAUCAAGGUCCCCAGCAAGCAGGACGAGGCCUGGAUCCUGAGCCGGCUGAUCAAACAGCUCACAGACAUUGGCUUCCCGCGGGAGCCGGCUGAGGAAGCCCUGAAGAGCAACAGCAUGAACCUGGACCAGGCGAUGAGCGCCCUGCUGGAAAAGAAGAGCGAGCUGGACAGGCGGGGGAUGGGAAUGUGCGACUACAACGGCCUGCUGUCCAAACCGCUGGGCUGCCGGCCCCCCGCAAUCUCCAAAGAGUCUUCCUCAGACCGCUCCCCUUUCCUCGAUAAGGACGGCGGCCUAGUGGAAGACGCCCCAGCCUCACCAUUUUUGCCUUCUCCGAGCCUGAAGCUCCCACUCUCCAGCAGUGCCCUGCCCAGCCAGGCCCUGGGCGGGGUCCCCUUGGGGCUGGCCAUGCAAAACAUGAACAACAGACAGAUGCAGAGCAGCAUGUUUGGCAAUAGCGGAGCAGCACAAUUCAGGGCCAUGCAGCAGCAGCAGCAGCAGCAGCAGCAGCCAGCAGUGCCGCCUCUCAACUCCUCCCAGCCUAGUGUUCGCGCUCAAGUGCCUCAGUUUCUCUCCCCUCAGGUUCAAGCACAGCUCUUGCAGUUUGCAGCAAAAAACAUUGGUCUGAACCCUGCACUUUUAACCUCACCAAUGAACCCUCAGCACAUGACCCUGUUGAACCAGCUCUACCAACUGCAGCUGUCGUACCAGCGUUUACAAAUCCAGCAGCAGAUGUUGCAGGCUCAGCGCAGUGUUUCCGGUCCCAUGAGACAGCAAGAGCAGCAGGUCGCACGUACAAUCAAUAACAUGCAGCAGCAAAUCCAACAGCACCAGCGACAGCUGGCCCAGGCCCUUCUCAUGAAGCAGCAGCCUCCACCUCAUCCCAGCAUGCACCCUGGCACAGGAAAAUCAGCCCUGGAUAGCUUUCCACCCCACCUCCAGGCUCCGGGCCUACCUGACCUGCAGACCAAAGAGCAGCAGUGUUCUCCGAACUCCUUCCCCCCUCACCCACUCUCUGGACUGAAUCCAAACAUGAAUGUAAACAGCAUGGACGUGGGUAGCGGUCUGUCCAUGAAGGACUCCUCUCAGUCUCAGUCCCGUCUCCCGCAGUGGACACACCCCAAUUCCAUGGAGAACCUCUCUGGCACCUCCACUCCUCUGGAGCAGAACCUCAGCAAGCACGGUGCUAUCCCUGCAGGUCACAGCAUCAGCCCCCCAGGGAAGUCCCCCAUGGAUGACUCCUACAGCCCCUACAAUCUAAUCCCCAGCAGCGAGUCUCCGGCCAGUCCACUAGUAGCCCCAGACAACUGGACACAGGCCAAAUCCGCUAAUGACAAAAUCUGCAACGGCACCAACAUCAGCUGGCCACCAGAGUUCUGUCCUGGCGUGCCCUGGAAAGGACUGCAGAAUAUCGACCCUGAAACUGACCCCAAUGUGACCCCAGGAAGUGUUCCCAGCGGCCCCACCAUCAACACCAAUAUCCAGGAUGUAAACCGUUACCUGCUCAGGGACAGGAGUGGAGGCUCAUCCCCCACAUCAUCUCAGAAUACCACGCUGCCUUCACAGAGUGUCUGGCCUGUCAGUGCCUACACUAGCUCUUUCAGUAUGUGUGAGUCUGCAACCAACACUGCAGGUAAACUAUCAGAUAUGAAGUCGACCUGGUCCCCUGGCCCCAUCUCUCACCCCCAGGCCUCCCUGUCCCAUGAGCUCUGGAAGGUGCCUCAAGGCCCCCGAAACCCUUCUGCUCCCACGCGGCCCCCCCCAGGGCUCACCAACACCAAGCCAUCAUCCACCUGGGGGGGCAACUCACUGGGCUUGACGCCAGGCUGGAGCAGCUCCUACACCUCCGGGACCACGUGGAGCACUGACAGCUCGGCAAGAACGAGCAGCUGGCUGGUUCUGCGCAACCUCACCCCCCAGAUUGACGGCUCGACUCUGCGGACGCUAUGCAUGCAGCACGGCCCUCUCCUUACAUUCCAUCUGAACCUGACCCAAGGGAACGCCGUCGUCCGCUAUAGCUCCAAGGAGGAGGCAGCCAAAGCACAGAAAUCCUUGCACAUGUGCGUUCUGGGUAACACUACCAUCCUGGCAGAGUUCGCCGGGGAGGAGGACGUGAACCGCUUCUUUGCACAGGGUCAAUCUCUGACCCCCACCACCAGCUGGCAGGCCCAUCCGGGCACCAAUCAGACGCGUUUGGGAGGGGCAGGGCACUGGAAUAGCGGCGGAGGGAAGGGGGGCAGCGAGCUGCUGUGGGGAGGGGUCCCCCAGUAUUCCAGUCUCUGGGGACCCCCUGGAGGAGAGGACUCCAGGGGGAUCGGGAGCCCCACCCCCAUCAACACACUGCUUCCGGGAGACUUGCUGAGUGGAGAGACCAUGUAGGGAUGGAAAGCUAGCCAAGCAAAUCACAUGGAGAUAAUCCGUAGAUGAGAAAGGAACCAUUGCUCUGACUCGCCAAUGGAAACAGAAACGGAAUGUGGCGGGCUGGAGGCUGCUGACUUCCUUUUUUCAUUUUAUAAGUAUUCAAAACAGUUUUCAAGAUUAGUGGAAAAAAUACAUAAAAAGAAAACAUUUGAAUGACGUGUUUCUACUAAUUCUGACAUUCAGUAGGAAUUGUGUUUUCAGGAGAACUGAUAAAACAAGCUGCCAUUUUGACCUUUCCCUCUAGCCCCUCCCCCAUCAUGACCCCACCCCUUCAAGCCCCUCCCCUCAAUACUACAUCAUUCCGAGCACGCCCAGUAGGAAUGGUUCACGUACUCUCUUCAGCACUAUUAGCCUUAACUGCUCUCCAGCCCGGUUGUUUGUUUGUUUUUUAAUUUUGAAGAAAAUCAUUGAUUCAGUUGUACAGUCCCAUUCUGAGCCAGCACAUGCAACAGAGAACAAGUUUUAACAAUAAUGAUGCUAUGAUUUCUGUUACACCGCGACUCGAGGGUUUGCACUGCUGUUUAAUACUUAAUAAUAUCUAUAUACCGAUCGCAAAAUAAGCUGCAAGAAAUGUAAUCAAAAACGGUGUCUUAUGUGUAUGGAUGUGAUGUGUGUGAAUGCAUAUGUACCCCUGUCUACUCAUUUAUGGGAAAACACCUCUGAAAGCACUGCAAUGGUGUGUCAGCCUUGUUCUCUCAACACUGUCACGUGACCUUCGUCUUCAGGAGAGGUGCAGCAGCAGCAGCAGCUUCAUUUCCAGACACUUUCCUGGGCAGACGCUGCUUUCUGUGCUGCCAUCACCGGACACAGGGUUUUUAAGACACCGGUGGACUGCGAGGCAUGAGCAGCAGCUGCCCGUCCUCUCCCCCUCCAUGACUGCAGUCCUGGUCUCAUGACCACCAGCUGCCCUUCCUCUCCCCCUUCCUGACUGCUUUCAGUGUGAAACCUUCGAUAUGGACUGGCUGCUUUGUGUACAGCGGAUAGGGGAGGUGUGGGAACAGCAACCCACCAUCAAACCAAAUCGGGGGUGUUUCUUAUAAAGGUGUAGGCAAGCGUGCGUAUAUAUUGGUUAUGUACAAAUGUGUAAAUUGAGACUUUUUUUCAACCUUUUCGGUUGAUUAUAGCACUUACAAGAGCAAGACACUCCUACUCUACGAUGCCAGUGACUCUGAAAACAAGCAGUGCUGUAAACCCUGAAGGAGAAGAACAACUCCAGCGGAUCAAGCUGCUGAACAGAACGACUCCAGCGGAUCAAGCUGCUGAACAGAACGACUCCAGCGGAUCAAGCUGCUGAACAGAACGACUCCAGCGGAUCAAGCUGCUGGUUCCUCUGUGUUUUCUGUGCACUCUAUUGGUUUGAAACUACUUGUAGAUGAUUAUUGCAGAAUAUGUUUUUAAAAUAUCAAAGUAAAUACCACUGUUACAUCAAAGAUUGGACUCCUUCAAGAUGCUACACUUGUAGCGUUACACAGAAGAUCAAGUCCCUGUAACUCUACCUUGUACUGUAACAUCUGGUCAUCGGGUGCCUGUCUGCUGUGAAGCCUCUCUGAAAAUUCACUUUGAUUAGCGGUACUCCCGCUCAAAGCACAUGUGCAUUUGGCUGCCAUUCUGUGUAGUGAAGCUGAUCUGGGUUCAGCGAGGCUGCCAGUCCCAGCUCAAGAUCAGUAAAGCACAUGUGCAUUUGGCUGCCAUUCUGUGUAGUGAGGCUGAUCUGGGUUCAGCGAGGCUGACAGUCCCAGCUCAAGAUCAGUAAAGCACAUGUGCAUUUGGCUGCCAUUCUGUGUAGUGAAGCUGAUCUGGGUUCAGCGAGGCUGACAGUCCCAGCUCAAGAUCAGUAAAGUUUCCAUUGCUCACUUCACUUCACCGAUCAGUUAUAACAGGCUCCAGUGUUUUAUAGAUGAGUUCAGUGUAUUCAAUGAUAGCAGCACAUUGGCUUCUCACUACAGUACUAUCUCUGAGUUUUCCUAAUCAGGGUGUUUAGCAGUGUGCUGUACCUGCUCAGUCUCAUGGGACUAUCGUGUUAAGCAUGACCUAGUUUUGGAGUGAGAUAUUAGAGAAACUCCUGGUUCCAGUGAGGCAGGGCAUUCAGGAAUCCCAGGGCUCUGAUUGGUGGGCCAAACUGCCUUACAGAACUGCACCUCCAGUGAAGAUUACUAGGCUCGAUAUCCAGACAAGCAAAGUGGUCUUCACUGGUUAUCAGCACUGCAGCCUCUUGGACAGUGGGUGGCUAAAGCAGGGCCAGUCCUCUUUCAGAAAAGAAACAAAGGCUGACCUUUAUAUAUCUAGCUGGUGCUUUUACAACGUUUUGAAAACCAUUGAGGGUUUGGCCCAAGACAGACGCGUUGUGGACAGCGCCACCCCCCUGUGAUCAUGUGCCAAUACGAGCUGGUUGUUACUUUUGCUUUGAGGAGACACUGUUACUCGUGGACACUGGACACUGUCCUAGCAAGGGUUUAACAAUCCUCCCCAAAGUGCUUGCGCAUACUCAUCUCUUAUGUGAAAGUGGUAAAGCUGGGGUAGAAACUUGAAAAAAAAAAACUGUUGUUAACUAAUGUGGUAUUAGAUAGGUGGGGUCCGCACCAUCAUUUACUUUAGAAAGAGAUCCCAGGGGCCAGGUACAAAGUCCAUUUCCAAGUGCUUGACAAGCAGUGGUAAAUACAGCUUCCUGUUUUCAUGCUCAUCUAGUUAAAUGAUCUUUGCACAAAUACACUUGGAGCCACGCUGCAGGCGAGUGGAGGCAGGAAGGAGCAUCCAUUCCAUUCCAGUGCCUGGAGGCAGUGAGGCCCAUUAAUUAGAGUCAAGCAGGCAGGAUGUUUAAUUGGUUAAUGGCAAGGUUGUUAAAACAAAGCUAGAGUGAUAGCUGGGAACUAUUCAUAGCAAGGGGAAGGAGUGAUCAGAGUUGUGAAGAUGACUUUAUGUAACACAAUUUUUGUUCCUGGGUAGUAAGUGUUAUUUCCUAAUUGCUUAUGCCUCAAAAGUAUAGAAAAUGGCUUUUAUUCCCCACAAACUUUGCUUUUGUGACCAGGACAGUGAUGUUUUGAAAUUUACCUAUUUCCAAUGAGGAAAUGGGCGAAUUUGUGUCUUUUCGUUCACAUAAAGUCAGAAAAAAACAACAUAUGAAUCCAAAUUAACAUGUAUUUAUACUAAAGUAAUACAAAAAUGACUACAAAAGAUUUAGAAACGAGUAGUCUUUUUGGUUGGGGUAGUAUGGGUUUCUCUCCUCAGCUCCACCUCUGAAAUUGUCAUCUGGAUCUACAACGUCUUCCUCGCUCUCUGACUUGCUGCUCUCUCUCCGGAGGAGUGGGUACGGGGAGCUCAUGGCAGUGUGGCACCGGGGCGAUGGAUGAAGGAAAGUCCGGAUACGUGAUAGCAGGUGUAUUCUUGCCAGUUCGAUGUUUGGAAGGCUCCACCAUGCAGAAGUAGCAGUUGCUUGAGUGGUCAGUGGGUUCCCACCAAAUUCUUGGGAUAGUGAACUUCAUGGCUCUCUUUUCCCCUCUGUACCAUCCUACAAAAAUACAUUUAUUUCACCCAUGACUAAUGUGUAAGAGAUUCUCGCAACAUUUUUCAUAUAUGAUAUAUUUUUUCAAUAACAUUGAAAAUUGUAAAACAUUUUAAAAUUAAAAACUUUUACAAUUUUAAAAAUUUUAACAAAUUUUAUAACAUAUAAUUCCGAGCAACAAUUGUCCAUCUUACCGUUUUUUUGCAGUGCUCGCAGGUGAAAUGAGGUGCCCAGGGUUUGUCUUGAUCCCCGACAGGCAUGCCGAAAUAUGUCUUGUAGGCCUCACACAUCUUAGCAGAUGCUUCCACGGAGUACUUUUUCGCUCUUGUCUUGAUAAAUUGGCCGCAGACAUAGCAAAAUGCGUCUGCUGGAUGCUUGCAGCCUCUUGAUGCCAUCUCAGAAAAAUGCAGAUAUGAAUCCACUUAGGCAGCUGGAACUAAACUAAACUGGUGGGCUUAAGGCCCCUGUAUUUAUACUACUAUUUAUAUUACUGGAAAGUUCUAGAAGUUACUCCAAGUUUACUCAGCACUGAAUCUAUCUGGAAUGUUCUGGAAAAUAGGUAAAUUUCAAAAUAUCACUGUCCUGGUCACAAAAGCAAAGUUUGUGGGGAAUAUCAAUUUUCUAUACUUUUGAGGCAUAAGCAAUUAGGAAAUAACACUUACUACCCAGGAACCAAAAAAAUAAUUUGUUACACGGUGUAACCUUCUCAUUCUCUACAAUAAGAAGAACGCACUGUUGUAGGCGGGCUAGCCGAGUACAUAUUUUUUUAUACCAAAAAGAUUGUUUUCAUUUUAGUGUUUGGGCUCUGCCAUUGCUGGAAGGGGGUCCUAAGCCUGUCCUUCCCUAAGCAGUGUCAGUGCGCCCGCAUGAGCCAGCAUGCAGAGUCCGAGAUGCCCUUGGGAACUGUAUUAACUAUAUUAUUCUGUCCCUAGGGUAACGCAGCACUUACCUCAACUGCAGUGUUCUGCAAGUUGCAUUUAGAAAUGUCUUUUUUAAAAACGCUGUACUCCCUGCCCUGCCCAGGACUUCUCCAAGCGUCAGGCUUUUGAAGCUUUCCUUGAUGUAAUGGCUGCACCAGCAAUGAUAACCUGUCACGGUCACAUCCAUUAAUGAUUGCAGUUCUGAAAGAUAUGUUGAGUGCAUGACCCCCAGACAUUAAGAACUUCAUCUUUCUUUUUAAGGGCCUGGGUUGAAUAUGCAUGUGCUGAUUAUUAUUAUUAUUAUUAUAUUAGUACUAGUAGUAGUAGUAGUAUCAUCAUAUAACUCCACCUUUCUUUUCCCCCAAAAAAGUAAAAAAAAUCAUAAACAUAUCAAAACAGAAAUAUACAAAUACUUGAAUCAAAAAUGAAAUGCCAAUAAUGUAAUGUGAACACUGUUUAUGUAAUGAUUUUGUCACUCAUACACUUCCGAGUUUGACACGCCAGUUCAAAGUGAAAAAAAAACAAAAGGCAAAAAGAUGAAACUGUUGUAGUGAGGGUUUGCACAGAAGCAGGUGUGAGAGAGAGAGAGAGAGAGAGAGAGAGAGCCUGUGGUAAGAAACCAGUAUGAAUGUGCCAGGGUGGGUGAAUGUGUUUGUGUUCUUAUUCAGUAUAUGCUUUUAUUUGCUUGUCUGUAAAGAAACGCAGUGAUGGAUAUUGUUAUUCUUGUCAUUAGCACUGCGUGUCUGCGAUCGUUAAGUACAGAGGGGACUCGAUGACACUUCAUGUGGAAAUGUUUACUCAAGGACUUAACCAAUCUGUAACAUGUUUAUCUACCUUGUAGUGGCUUUUAUUGUGGAAUAAUCCAGAUGUUUAUUAAUAUUAUUAUUAUUAUUAUUAUUAUAUUAUUAUUAUUAUUAUUAUUAUAGAACAGGAUUAGAAUAAGAGUAUUGCACCAUUUUAUUUCUUUUUCCAGUUUAUAGAAAAAAGACAAAAAUUAUUAUUACAAAAAAAAAAGGAUUUUUGAAGAACUGUGGCCAUAGCAUGUCGUUAGAGAAGGAGGAAGGCUCUCUGUGUUGGACAACAGAGGGAGGCAGGAGGCAGGAGGCAGGAGGCAGGACUCGGGUUCCAGAAUGAGACUCAUUUCAGAGGUGCCUACUUUUUUUUUUUUUUUUUUUUUUUUUUUUGGAAGGCCACCUACCGUUUACAAACAUUUAUUUUUUCUGAACUUCACAGAAAAGGAAUUUAUUACAGGAGCGUUUGGAAAACAAAAAGGAAAGAUACUCUUCCAAUAAAAUGAAAAAUGAACUUGUUUUCAGAAUGAAGAUUCUGCUACUUUCAGAACUCUGGGAUUGAACAGUGUUGUUGUGUACUAGUUCACUUUGAUUUGAUUUGAUUGUGUUGUUGUUGUAUGGAUGUUGUUGAUGUUAUUGAUUUACGGACUAUCAAGCCUGUAUCUUUUAAUUGUUAUGUUAUUUUCCUUUGUAAAAGAAAACGUAACUUGCUCACUAUCUUGCACACAAAUAAAACGUGGACGAUGUCUCAGGAAGGCUAGGGUUCCAGAGUACCAACUCCACGCCAUUUUAAUGUACAUUUUUAUGAAAAAAAAGAACAUAAUAAAAAAAACAACUCCAAGCA